GAUGUCUUACAACUAUCAGAUCAUCACAAGCCCCUGAGAGAUUUCUACUGUAUUAACUACUGCGAGACUUUCAGUGACAAUUGCUAUCUUCAUAGAUUCACGACAAGUCAUUUGCUCAUUUGCACUAAAAGCUGCAAAAUUUCCUCCUCUUUCACUCAGUGGAAGUUUGGAUGAGAAGGUUAUCAUGACAGCAACUAUCAGGGCUUGUACAAGGCUAUAACUCAAAGUAAUAAAAAUUCAUAAACGACACUUAGGACUUUGGAACACUUAGGAAUUUUGGACUAUGCUCAUUACCUUUGCUGCGAUUUGCUUUUGGCUCAGAAGGGCUAUUUGAGCCAGGAUAAAGGCGCACGUUUUGGAUGCAGAGGGUUUCAGAAGCCUUCACGGAAGUGUUGUUCCUGUCGUUAUCCAUACAGGACCGCCAUGAAGCCACCAGACGCUGACUGGGGAAAAAGAGCCAUUCCCUUCGCGCUCAGAGGAGAGCGGGCUCCUUCCCGCACUCGCCCGUGAGAGAACCUGAUAGUGAACCAAAAUAUUAUUAAUUAACUAGCCAUUCCUCGGCUGCAAUAACCAUAGCAACUCCAUUUAGCUCAAAGUGUCUCUGCAAUCUGCCUGUAAUUAUGGCUGUACCUGCCAUUGGUAGAUUAGCUAACAACCGAUGCAACGAGCUGAUAAGAGCACAGGAUAAAGCAUGGGUUUUGAAGUUGAGCCUUACAACCAGGAGCUGUGCAUGAAGGAGACAGAGGGGCUUCAAGAUGGGGAAGAGGAAGUUCAGCGGCCUGGAGGUGAUGCUCAUUGUCCUCUUCUGCAUGGUGGCCAUCGUGGCCUGCAUCCUCAUCAUCCUCUUAGCCACCGGGCAGUCGGGAGUCAAAAAGACCCAAUAUACUGCACAAUGUCCAACCUUAAGUACGUCAGAGAGGAUUGACUGCCUCCCGGAUCAAGUAGCAACACAGAACCUCUGCAACCUGCGCGGCUGCUGCUGGAGCCCCCAGAGCGACACCAGCGUGCCCUGGUGCUACUUCUCCUCAAACUAUGGGUACCGAGUGGACGGAUCCGUGCAGACAACCCAGGCGGGGUUCCAGGCGACGUUGAAAAGGCUGUCGUCACCUUCCCUCUUCGGAAACGAUAUCAGCACCGUCCUCCUCACCGGAGAGUAUCAGACCCAAAAUCGCUUCCGGUUCAAGAUCACUGAUCCUAAUGAAGAAAGGUUUGAAGUCCCCCAUGAGUACGUGGGUUCCUUCAGCGGAUCCGCGGCCUCCAACUUACAGUAUAGAGUUGACGUCACAGAAAAUCCCUUUGGCAUCACGGUGACGAGAGUAAGCAAUGGAAGAGUCUUGUUCAAUACCUCCAUCGGGCCGCUGCAGUACGCUGACCAGUACUUGCAGCUGUCCAUCAAACUGCCCAGCAGCAACAUCUACGGCGUGGGAGAGCACGCGCACAAGCAGUACCAGCACGACGUCAACUGGAAAACCUGGCCCAUGUUCAGCAGGGACGCCAGCCCCUCCUCGGCCAUGGAUAACUUAUAUGGAGUUCAGACUUUCUUCCUGUGCUUGGAAGAUAGCAGUGGAGCCUCUGUUGGUGUUUUCUUGAUGAACAGCAAUGCCAUGGAGUUUGCGCUGCAGCCGGCCCCGGCGGUGACCUACAGAACCAUCGGGGGAAUCCUCGACUUCUAUGUCUUCGUGGGGGACACGCCGGAGCAGGUGGUGCAGGAGUACCUGCAGCUGGUGGGGCUGCCGCUGCUUCCCGCCUACUGGAGCCUGGGCUUCCAGCUCAGCCGCUGGGGCUACAGCUCGCUGGACGAGGUCAAGACCGUCGUCGAGAGGAACCGGGCCAUCGACCUGCCCUACGAUGUUCAGUACACCGACAUUGACUACAUGGAGGACAGGAAAGAUUUUACUUACGACCAAGUGAAUUUUCAAGAUCUCCCCACUUUCGCAGCUUAUCUGCAUGACUAUGGACAAAAAUAUAUUAUCAUCUUGGACCCUGCUAUCAGCACAGCUGAUCUGUCGGAUGGUAGCACAUACGAAAGCUACACCAGGGGAGAGAGCCAAAAGGUUUGGGUUAAUAACUCAGACAGCGUAACACCAUUAAUUGGAGAGGUGUGGCCAGGAGCAACCGUGUUCCCAGACUUCACCAAUUCCGACUGCACCAGCUGGUGGGUGGAGGAGUGCAGGCUGUUUUACAACACCGUGCCGUAUGAUGGCAUCUGGAUUGAUAUGAAUGAAGUAUCCAACUUUGUUCAGGGCUCAAAUGAGGGCUGUGAGCAGAACGACUUAAACUACCCCCCCUUCACUCCCAGUAUUCUUGAUAAGCUCAUGUUUUCCAAGACUCUCUGUAUGGAUGCAGUGCAGAAGUGGGGGAAACAGUACGACGUCCACAGCCUUUUCGGCUAUUCCAUGACCCUCUCUACCCGCCAAGCCAUCGAAACUGUGUUUCCAGGAAAACGGAGCUUCCUUCUUUCGCGGUCCACCUUUGCUGGGUCGGGAAGGUACACGGGACACUGGCUGGGAGACAACGCAGCCUCAUGGGAUCAACUGAAAUGGGCAAUACCCGGGAUGCUGGAGUUUAACCUCUUUGGGAUUCCUUACAUUGGAGCAGAUAUUUGCGGUUUCAAUGAUAACACCACAGAAGAACUUUGCAGACGGUGGAUGCAAGUAGGAGCAUUUUAUCCAUUUUCCAGGAAUCACAACAGUGAACUAUUUAUGCCUCAGGAUCCAGCCGCGUUUGGGGCUGAUUCGGUUUUGGUGAGCACCUCCAAGCAUUACUUGAACAUUCGCUAUACUCUGCUGCCCUACCUGUACACGCUCUUUUACAAAGCUCACACUCAAGGAGACACAGUCGUACGGCCGGUUUUGCAUGAGUUUUAUUCCGACGAAGAAACGUGGAGCAUUGACACGCAGUUCCUGUGGGGUCCCGGACUGCUCAUCAGCCCCGUCCUCGAUGAGGGCGUGGAUGUGAUCCGGGCGUACAUCCCUGACGCGGUGUGGUACGAUUACGAGACAGGGGCAGAAAUCUCCUGGAGGAAAGAGUGGGCUGACCUGUACCUGCCAGCAGACAAACUGGGGCUGCACUUGAGGGGAGGCUACGUCUUCCCUUUCCAACAACCAGCUACCACGACAGUGGCAAGCCGCGUGAAUCCUCUGGGACUUAUCAUUGCCCUGGAUGACGACGGCACAGCGUCCGGGGACUUUUUCUGGGAUGAUGGAGAAUCCACAGGUACUGUUGAAAGCAGUCUCUACAUUUACUAUGAGUUUACAGUUUCUGAUAAUACCCUACAAAUGAAUGUUAUAAACAACGGUUACACCGAUCCAAACAACUUGAAGUUUGAAGAAAUCAAAAUUUUGGGGUUGCCCCUGGAACCGACACAAGUCACUAUAACUCAGAACAACGUUGUGCAAAGUUCUUCUUACAAUAUCACCUACGAUCCUUCAGCCAAGGCUGCCUACAUAACAGGACUGCAGCUUCAGCUGGGAACAUCGUACACGCUGCAGUGGAAUCAGGAAUUCAACAUCAACGAAAGAUUCGAUUGCUAUCCCAGCCCUAACGCAACGCAAGAAAAGUGUGAGGAGCUCGGCUGCGUCUGGGACGAGGUAGCCUCCGACGUGGAUAUUCCCGCCUGCUACUACAGCACCGACAACGCCUACAGCAUCGAUCAGGUCGAAUACAGCUCGGACGGCCUGGCAGCCAACCUCAUCCUCAACAGCGUCAGCACCAGAGCCUACGAGAACGCAACCGUGCCCAUCGGUACGCUCCGCUUGGAGGUGACGUACCACGACAACAACUUGGUGCAAUUUAAGAUUUAUGACUACCAAAACCAACGGUACGAGGUUCCGGUACCGCUAAACCUGCCCAGCACCCCCACGAGCACCGCCGAGGGUCGGCAAUACGAAGUGUCCGUUCAGAGGAAGCCCUUUGGGAUACAGAUUCGGCGCAAAAGCACAGGGACAGUGAUCUGGGAUUCUCAGCUACCCACCUUCACGUUCAGUGACAUGUUCAUUCAGAUUUCCACCCGCUUGGCAUCGCAGUACAUAUACGGCUUUGGUGAGACUGAACACACCAUGUUUCGGCGUAACAUGAGCUGGAAUACCUGGGGGUUAUUCACGAGGGACCAGGCUCCGGCCUACAAGAUGAAUUCAUAUGGUUAUCAUCCGUUUUACAUGGCUCUCGAAGAAGACAGCAAUGCCCACGGAGUUCUCUUGCUGAACAGCAACGCGAUGGACGUGACCUUCCAGCCCACUCCGGCUCUGACCUACCGCACCAUCGGCGGCAUCCUGGACUUCUACAUGUUUUUGGGCCCGACACCGGAGCAAGUUGUCCAGGAAUACACUGCACUGAUCGGCCGACCGGUCAUGCCACCCUACUGGUCCCUGGGAUUCCAGCUAUGCCGCUACGGGUACAGAAACGACUCCGAAAUCGCCAGUUUGGUGGCGGAGAUGAAGGCAGCCCGCAUUCCCUAUGAUGUGCAAUACUCGGAUAUUGAUUACAUGGAACGGCAACUGGACUUCACCAUUGGCUCGCGCUUUGCUGGAUUACCAGAUCUAAUUAACCAAGUAAAAGCAGAAGGAAUGAGAUUCAUCAUUAUCCUGGAUCCAAGCAUCUCUGGAAAUGAGACUGAUGAUUACCCCCCCUUCACAAGAGGUGUGGAGCAGGAUGUCUUCAUAAAAUGGCCCGACACCAAUGACAUUAUAUAUUCAAAGGUCUGGCCAUUUCUUCCCAACGUAGCAGUUAAUGAGUCACUGCCUGAGCAAACCCAAAUACAGCUCUACGGCGCGCACGCCGCUUUCCCGGAUUUCUUCCGCAAUUCCACAGCUGCGUGGUGGAAGCAGGAAAUCGCGGAAUGCUACAACAACCCCACCGACGCCUCCAGAAGCCUGAAGUUUGAUGGCCUGUGGAUUGACAUGAAUGAACCUGCAGCCUUUAUGAAUGGUGCCAUUGGCGGCUGUAGAGAUGACACCCUAAAUUUCCCACCAUAUAUACCUUAUUUAGGAUAUCGGUCACAAGGAUUAAUUGUCAAAACUCCAUGCAUGGAAGGGCAGCAGCAUCUUCCGGACGAAACCCCGGUGAGACACUACGAUGUCCACAGUCUGUACGGAUGGUCCCAGACGAGACCUACCCUGGAGGCUCUGCAGAGCGUCACCAAGGAGCGUGGCAUCGUCAUCACCCGCUCAACCUACCCCACCAGCGGCCGGUGGGCAGGACACUGGCUGGGGGACAACACGGCGGCUUGGGAUCAGCUUACUAAAUCCAUCAUUGGUAUGAUGGAGUUCAGUCUCUUUGGAAUAUCUUAUACGGGAGCAGACAUCUGCGGCUUCUUCAAAGACUCGCAGUACGAGCUGUGUGCGCGCUGGAUGGAGCUGGGCGCCUUUUACCCCUACUCCAGGAACCACAACGAGAAGGGCACGCGGAGGCAAGAUCCUGUUUCCUGGAACUCAACAUUUGAAGACAUUUCCAGGAACGUGCUGAAUAUAAGAUAUACCCUGUUACCCUACUUCUACACGCUCAUGUAUGAAGCCCAUGCCUACGGAAGCACUGUGAUCCGCCCUGUCCUCCACGAGUUUGUGGAAGACAGAACAACGUGGGAAAUAUAUCAACAGUUUCUCUGGGGACCUGCACUGCUCAUCAGCCCUGUGUUGGAGGAAAGUGCUGUAACAGUGGAUGCUUACUUUCCCGAUGCCCGCUGGUAUGAUUACCACACAGAUGAACUUAUUAGCCUCAGGGGACAAUUCGGAACGUUAUCAGCUCCUUUGGAACACAUCAACCUUCACAUCCGAGGAGGUUACAUCCUUGCUUGGCAAAACCCUGCUAAUACAACUUAUUACAGCCGACAAAACUCAAUGGGACUUACUGUCGCUUUGAAUGACAGCCAGCUUGCACAGGGACAGCUUUACUGGGAUGACGGGGUUCUCAUUGAUGCCUAUGAAGAUGGUGUGUAUCUGCUAACAUCAUUUACUGCUAAUCAGAACGCUUUGGUCAUCAGCGUCGAGCACCACGGUUACGCUGACCCGAACAACUUAAUGUUUACCGACAUCAAGGUCCUGGGCCUGAGCACGAGCGUUCAGCAGGUGACGGUACUGCAGAACGGGGACGCGAUCACCUCUGGGCACAGCGUGAGCUACAACGGCACCACGCAGGUCCUGUCAAUCACCCAGCUUACACUUCAAUUAGGCAGAGAAUACACGGUGCAAUGGAGCUAAGAUGCCUGCAGAGUAACAUCGGCCACAUCUCCGGAUUUUCUCAUUGUUUUUAAAACCAUCUUUCAAUUUUCAUACUGCCUCUUUGACAUCCUGAAGUACUUUGUACUAUAAAAACAUUAGCCAUAGUCAGUUCAUAUUAAGGUAUUUUGUGUGUGUAUAUAUAUAUAUAUAUAUAUGUGUGUGUAAAAAAAAAAAAAAGUAAUGUUUUAGUAUUGUUCAAGGCUAACUACAAGCUCUCCAUGUGAUGCAGAAUUUGUGCUUUAAACAUUAUGACACUUCAAUAUGACUUCAUCUUUCAAAACUAAAAACUGAAUGUAAAACGCUGUGUUUUCCCUAAGUAGAAGUUCUGGCUGCCUUCACGCUCAUUAAAUUUUAUAAAAAAUUUACAGUUGGCAUUAACUACAUGCGUUUGGGGCCAUAAUUCUACCCGUAUUUAGCUUCCAUCUUAAUUUUAAUUGUGCCAUAUAAGCUACUACUGCUGAGAAGUAUUUAAGGGCAGACAAAUGGAAAUGUUUUCGGAUAACUGAUUUAGCAUGAACUGUUCUUGUUGAUCUAUACAAUGCUAAGGUACCUGCAAAAGUCACCUGAAAUUUUUUGUAUAACUUUAGGCAGGCAUUUAUGUUCUCCAAUGUUUUGAUCUGAAGUUGUAAAAUUAAACUUGAAGUUUCAAGGUUAACUAAUAAA